AUGGAAGCUAUGGCUAUUUCACCCCCGAGGCCCUUGAAAAUGCAGCGCCGUUGUGCCUGGCUCUACGAAGCCGUUGUGCGGCUGCCGGCGGAUUGGCUGCCCCAAGCGGACGACGCGGCUCAAGCUCCGGUGGGCGGAGUCGCAUGGCGAAGCAUUUUGCGAAGCAUUUUGGGAUUCCGCGUGGGUGGUUGGAAUCCCUCGGUGCCUGAGCGUCCACGGGUUCAGGAGCGGCCCUUGCACGAUGCCUUUGGGUAUGUGGGUUUCCUUCUAGCCGAGGUGGAGAUCGAUCAGUUCCAAAGUGGGCGCUUUCCCAACGUCUCGGAUGCACUGGGCUGUCACUGCGUCUGCGCAGGCGGAGUCUUUGGUCUCCGUUUUGCGACCUGGGCCCCGCGCGCGGUCUUCGUCAGUGUGGUGGGCGACUGGAACAACUGGGACGGCCGGGCGUGUCCCAUGGCCAAGCGCUUCCGAGCCGGUGAACACGGUGGAUUCUGUGGCCUCUGGGAGGUCUUUGUCCCCUUCGGUGAACUGGAAGACAUUCCCUUUGGAAACAAGUAUGGCUAUAAGAUCCACACUUUGGCUGGCACGGAUCUGGUGAAGAUGGAUCCAUACGCUCAAGAGAUGGAAGUGCCAAGCGAUAUGUACCACAGCCCAGUCUUUAACGCUUCGGUCAUCAGCAGCUGCGACGACAGCUACCGCGCUGAGCCCUUCGAGUGGAGCGUCUGGGGACGCGACGACGAGUGGAUGAAGCAACGCGAAGAACGCGGCCGUCUGGGAACUGCCUUGUUGCAGCCCAUGGCGAUCUACGAGGUGCACCUGCCAUCCUGGCGUCGUGGUGCAAAGGGCGAGGUCUUGGGAUAUCGGCAGCUGGCAGAACCGCUGGUGGAACACAUCAAGGCCUUGAAGUUCAACUGGGUGGAGUUAAUGGCUUUAGCACAUCACCCCUUUCAAGGUUCGUGGGGCUAUCAGGUGAGUGGGUACUACAGUUGCUACUCCUUGCUUGGAGGACCUGACGACUUGAAGUACCUCAUCGACAAACUGCACGAGGCGGAGAUUGGGGUCAUCAUGGACUUCGUCCCCGCUCACUUCUGUCGAGACCAGUGCAGUUUCUGCGACUUUGAUGGUACAGCCACCUUUGAGUACGAGGACCCCCGGGAAGGUGAACAGAGGCAAUGGGGGACCAAGGUCUUCAACUUCAGGCGCAAUGAGGUGCGCAGCUUCCUGCAGGGAGCAGUCUUCUUCUGGGCGGAGCGCUAUCACAUCGAUGGCUUCCGCUGCGACGCCAUAUCCUCCAUGAUCUACCGCAACUUUGGAAAGGAGGACGGUCAGUGGAUCCCCAACGAACACGGCGACAUCUCCAACCUGGAGGCGGUGUCGUUGCUGCAGGACUUGAACCAAACCAUGAAGGAGUUCUGGCCCGGGGUGAUCAUGAUCGCCGAAGAGUCCACCGCCUGGACGGGGGUCACCACUCUGAGACCUGCUGACUUCGGACUGGGCUUCGACUUGAAAUGGGACCUGGGAUGGAUGAACGAUUCGCUGAUCUACCUGGAGGAGCCCACUUGGAAUAAGCCUGCGAACCACAGCAAGUUGACCCAUCGCGCCACGUACAUGCAGGAUGAACGCUACGUGGUGCCACUCUCACAUGAUGAGGUGGCAAACAUGAAAGGUAGCCUGAUUGAGAAGAUGGGGCGGAAGGAGAACCUGGGCUUCUACGAGCGCCUGCGUUUGCUGUGCGCCUACUAUGGCUACCAAGCCGCCGCGCCGGGGCGACCCUUGCUCUUCAUGGGUCAGGAGUAUGGUCAGGGCCGGGAAUGGAACUGCUACCAGUCCUUGGACUGGCACGAGGGUGAUGAAGCGGUUCGGAAAGGUUUGUGCGUUUGGGUCUCCGAUUUGAUGGGGACCUAUGGGUUUCACAAGCCGUUGCACAUGGGCGAUGAUCAGCCGCACAUGAAGCAAUUCCCCGUGGGGGCCAAGAGCUUUGACUGGGUGGAGAACAACGCGUCGUGCUGCGUCCUGGCCUUCUGCAGGCACUGGAAGGGCGAACGCCCAGUGCUGGCGAUCUUCAACUUCGGCUGUCAAUAUCACCAGGGAUAUACCAUUGGUACUCCGUAUUGGGGAGGUUGGGAGGUUUUGCUAAACAGCGACGACGGCCGCUACGGUGGUCGCGGGGGCGGCCCGGGCAACUCCAGCGUGCUAUGGACGGGGCACCACCGGGGCGACUGUAGCGAUUCCUUGCGCCUGGAUCUGCCGGGCCACAGCUGUCUGCUGCUGCUGGCGCCUGAGAAGUUUGCUGAAGCCAAGGCCACGCGUCCGCCCGGUGGCAUGAACGCCUCGGACCACCUGGGCGCCGACAUCGAGCCCCUGGGCACCCGGAGACCUGUAUUGCAUGGCAGACAUUGGCUAUUGAGUAGUGACCGCGACCAGAUCACUGAAGCCGACUGGGGUUCAACACCAAGGGUGGCGAAAUAG